AUGGUUCUUCUUACUAUGACGGCGACUAUAGUCGAAGCUUUGCAGACCCUUCAUGAAGCCAAAACCUCUCAUUCUCAUGAACAGUCCGCACAGCUGUCUAGUCAACAGCAAAUGGAAAAGGAAAUCGAAGAGAGCAACCUGACAACCUCCCAGGAAAACGAAGCCCAACUGAGCAAAAAGUAUAAAGAGAUAGGAGAAGAAGAGAGAGACGCAAAGUUGACAGAGGAUAGUGACCAGACUGAUUUGCCAGUUCAGCAGAAUGUGCCCACGUUUAGUACGGGUGAUUCAAAGUUGGUUGGAAAUCCAAAGGUAUCGCAGGAACCACUACUAGCAAAUCCCAAAAUUGGGAAUCCCGUAUCUCAUGGUCAAAUCAUUGAUCUCUGGCAAGACAUAAACAAGCAGAAUCUUUCAUCACUUACUCUGGAGUUAUUAUUGCGAGGUUCUCGUGUUUAUGUUCCACCCCCAGUACCAAAGCCAGAGCCUACAUCGGAAUACAAAGCUCUAAUGGCACGACUUCGACGUGAAGAAGAAGCUCGAACAUACGAACGAAUGAUAAAUCCACCACCUCCUAUGGAGACAUUUGCACAAAUAUUCCCAUCUGCCUCUGCCGCUCAUGCAUUCACUGCAAAUUUUCCAGAACCUGGUAACUCUGAGGAUGAUGACGUUACAUAUGCGGAUAUUGACCGACAAAUUGCUGUUAUAUUUAAUGUAAUAGUAUCUAUUGUUGCUUGUGCGUUUGGGCUAUGGAUGGCUGCAAGGUGGUGGAGCACACCAGCUCGAUUGGCCUUGAGUAUGAGUGGUAGUCUACUUGUCGGAAUUGCCGAAGUGGUGGUUUAUAUGGGUUACAUCAGACGGGUUGGGGAAGCCAAGGGGCAAGCAAAGAAGCUACAAGAGGUCAAGGAGGUAAUGAAAACUUGGGUAGUUGGUGGCGAUGCAAAAGUUGAACAAUUAGAGCCUGUCAUGCUUGUGGAGAAAGAUGACAACGAAGAUGCGAAGCCUCGCCGAAGAAAGAAUAUUUGA